CCUCAGCCUGUCACAGGCACUUCUGUGUCCAACAUGGAUCAGCUUAAUGUUUAGCCCAGGAUCCACAAAUACACACACAUAUACGCACACACAGGGAUUAACAAGGCACAGGGACACAUAUGCUACCUGAGGAUGGAGGCGAGAAUACUACACGAGAGGAGAACACCAGGUAGCCGUGACUCAGGACACAUUACAGAUGAAGUCCUAACAGAGCCCCAUGGAAGCGUCUCCUCUCGUCCACUAUCCGUGCUCGCUCGUCUCUACGUGUACGCGCUACAUGGCUGCCUCUGUGAGGUGUGUUUCACGGCCGUGCUGGACUGGUGCAGCAUCCGGGACAGGAGGAUGAUGGGCUACAGCAGUCUUUGGGCCCUGCCUAUGUACGCCACUGCGAUCUACAUCCUGGAGAAGCUGAGAAGCCGGCUGCUAAUUGGUCACCAAGCACUGCCUCUGCGUCUCUUAAUGUACACCCUGUUCAUCUACACGUGGGAAUUCACCUGGGGUACUGCACUCAGGUUGCUGAAGGCCUGUCCGUGGGACUACUCGGGGUAUAAGUACAACUUUGGAGGACUGGUGACUCUGGAAUAUGCUCUUCCUUGGGCUGUUGCAGCUUUUAUAGCAGAGCAGCAUGUAAUCGCAAACACUCUGAGGAUAAGAUUGUACAAGUAAACAGGCAUUGGUUCAAAAAAUGAACCUCCAAGAGCAGCAAUAAAACAAAGUAGAACUCAGUGCACACAUAUUUUGGAUAAAAUUAAAGGCUUUUAAUUGUUUGUAGUGUAUGUCAUUUAACUUUAAAUACGUGUGUUUUUAUCAAUUCUGGCAUUUUUUUGUAUUGCUGUCUAAUUUUAUAAGUGAUUGUGAUAUUUUCUGAGAAUGUUUUGGUUUGUUGUAUAAUAAAUUUUUAAACUACCUGUAUCAAUUAAAUAAACAGUUGUCUCCAGAACAGUGGUGUCCAGCAGCAAAAUCUAAAAAUAUUAAUUAACAAUAAUACAAAAAAAAGAACAAUUAAAAAAGCAGCAGUAGAAGAAUAACGUAAAAUAGAACGUAAAAUAAUAAUGUAAAAAUAUUCCGAGAAAAAAAGUUGUAACCGAGAAAAAAAAUGAUCAUUUAAUGACAAUAAUGUAAUAUAAUGAGGAACAAUAACAUAAUAUACAUAUAUAAAAGUUCAGAAAAAGUCAUUAACAUGAUGAAAAACUAAACAACAAAAUUUUUUUAAUUUUUGAAGAAAUAAAAUAAAAAUACUAACAGAAAAACAGAAGUCACAGAUUUACAAAAAUAAACUCAUAUUAUGAACGAAAGUAAGAUUUUAGUAGCAUAGAGU